UCAUGGCCGUGUUCUGUCCUGCGUGAAUCUGAGGGUCACACCGGUGUCAAAGCAGAGCAGGUAAACACGCGGAAAGAGUAAAAAUAUGGUUUUCGUCGCUCCACUGUGUCUACUGCUCCUGCUGCCUGGCUUCAGUCCUUUAAUGGGAGAUCCACAGAAUGAGAAGCUUGAUGAUCUCUACGUUACCCCAGUAGAUUUGAUCUCUUCAGGAUCCUCUGCUGACACUACAGGUGUGUUAAGCAGUCGCCUGCGUCGCUCCGCUCUGCCCCCUGAUAUUUCUCACCUGGAACUGAUGGUGGUGGUGGGACCUGAUGUCCAGCAGGUCCACAAGCAGGACACAGACAGAUACAUCCUCACUAAUCUCAAUAUUGCCUCUGAGCUGCUGAGAGACGUGUCUCUGGGGGCCAACCUGAGGGUGCACCUGGUUCGCAUGGUCAUCCUGUCGGAACCUGAACCAGAGAUCCAAAUGUCCUCCAACAUCAUAUCUUCCCUCAGAAGUGUGUGUGACUGGGGUCGAAGGAUCAACCCCUCCAACGACACGGAUCCGCUGCAUGCCGAUCUCCUGCUGUAUAUUACAAGGUUUGACCUGGAGCUGCCUGAUGGGAACAGGCAGGUCAGAGGAGUAACGCAGCUAGGAGGGGUUUGCUCUAGUGAUUGGAGCUGUGUGAUUACAGAGGACACAGGCUUUGACCUGGGCAUCACCAUUGCUCACGAACUUGGCCACAGUUUUGGAAUCAACCACGAUGGAUUUGAGAACUCCUGCAGCAGGAGUGGCUUUAUGAUGGCCUCUGAUGGAGGCUACAAUAGUGUGGACCUGACCUGGUCCCCCUGCAGCAGGCAGCAGCUUCUUACGUUUUUCAGUGAAGGGAAAGCAGAGUGUGUUAAAGAUUUGCCUACACUGAGUGGCUCCCUGCAGGAUUGGAAACCUGGCCUGUAUUAUGGUGUUGAUGACCAGUGUCGUAUAGCUUUUGGCAGCACUGCGAGAGCCUGCUCCUUUACCAAUCCUGACUUGGCGGCUUGUCGUGUUCUAUCCUGUCACGUUGAACCUGACGAUGACAGUUCCUGCAAACGCCUCCUGGUUCCUCUGCUGGAUGGGACAGAGUGCGCUCCUGAUCAGUGGUGUCUGAAGGGUCGCUGUGUGUCUCCACAUGAUUUUGGCUCCUCUGUUGUUGUCAACGGCUCCUGGUCCACGUGGUCCGAGUUCUCCUCCUGCUCGCGGACAUGUGGCGGAGGGGUCACGCUCCGCACACGUCAAUGCAACAACCCAAGACCUGCUUUUGGAGGGAAGGACUGUGAAGGUCCAGAUAUUGAGGCCGAACUUUGUCACCAGCAGCCUUGUGAGUGCACCCAGCUGGACUUUAUGGCAGAGCAGUGUUCCCAAACCAAUCUCUACCCCCUCUACCUUCAAUCAACCACCGCCUCUUUCUACAAAUGGAUCCCUGCUCUUGGUUUUGCAAAAGGGGAUGAGCAGUGCAGAUAUAUGUGCCAGUCAGAUGGAGAAAACUUCAUAGUGAGCCGUGGCUCUCACUUUGUGGAUGGGACUCGCUGUGAGUCAGAGAGUCCUCUUCCUUUUGGCGCAACAGCUGCUUGUCUGCAAGGCAGAUGUCAGCUGUUUGGCUGUGAUGGAGUGCUGCACUCUGGGAAAGUGCAGGAUGUUUGCGGGGUGUGUGACGGCGACGGGUCGACCUGCAGUUUAACAUGCGGCUCCUACAGUGGUGGUCAGGCCAAAGAGUACAGCACUUUCCUCACACUGCCAGUGAAUGCAACACAGGUCCACAUCGUCAACAUGGCUCCUCUCUUCACUCAUUUGGCUGUGAUGGUUGGGGGUCAGUACAUCGUGUCAGGAACAGGCAGCAUGGCUUUGAAUGUCACCCAUCCCUCCCCGCUGGAUGAAAACCAUCUGGAGUACCGCCUCCACCUGACCCCCGACCUUUUACCUGAGAUGGAAGAGGUGAUGGCGCAUGGACCUCUGAAAAAGGAGAUAAAUAUACAGAUCUAUCGCAAAUAUGGAAAGGAGUACGGUGAAAAAACAAAUCCAAACAUCAGCUACUGGUUUUAUGUACCUGCCAGAAACAGGAGCUCGGUAGAUGUUAUACCUGACGGCAAAUGGGCUGUUUUCACAACGCCAUGCUCCGUCUCUUGUGGAUCAGGUGUACAGAAGCACGUGUUUGUCUGUGUAGACAAAAAUACCAACAGCCAUUUGCAGGAGCAUCACUGUAAAGCCCCUCGUCCAACUGCACCCCUCCACACAACGUGUCAGCUUACAGCCUGUCCCCCCAGGUGGGAUGCAGGAAAUUUCGGAGCUUGUAGCACCUCCUGCGGAGGGGGAGUUCGGGUGCGUCCUGUACGAUGUGUUCAAAAACACAGAUCAGAUUUGGUAACGGUUCCAGAGUCUGAAUGUUCCUCUGAUACUGCGCCACACUCUGCUGAACAGUGUAACCUGCACCACUGUCCUGCCAGAUGGCGCGUGUCAGAGCCAGGGAACUGUUCUGCGGUGUGUGGGCCAGGAGAGGCGAAACGCGAUGUGUCGUGUGUUCGGCAGGAAGAUGGUCAGGACAAUGAAGUGGAUCAAAGCUUGUGUUCGAAGUGGAUCAAACCAGAUGAUUUUGUGCCAUGUGUGGUAGACGUCUGCCCAGUUGGGUGGGAAUCUAAGGGGGAGGGCCUGCCUGUCUUGAAGCCCGGUUUGUUACCACGCUCCAGUCAGCCUCAUGUGUACGUGUGGAGUCCUGUUGUCAGCCAGUGUUCAAAGACUUGUGGCAACGGAACCCUGCAGGUGUGGUUUUCCUGUGUGGAUCAUGAGAGCAGACUUGGGGUUCCUGACUUUAACUGUGACGCUUCUACCAAACCUGAUCUUCAGACGGAGAUCUGUGGCACUUCUUCAUGCCCUGCAAUAUGGCGCUCUAAGCAAGGAAUCUGCAGCGUGUCAUGUGGAGGAGGGGUGGCAAACCUGGUGCAGUACUGUGCCAGAGAGGUAGAGGGAGAGGAGGUAGUGGUGGAUGACUCCAACUGCAGCAACUUUCCCAAACCCGCCGCCGUGGUUUCCUGCAAUACUCACAACUGCCCUGCAAGAUGGAAGGUUGUCAAGAUAUCACCCUGCUCUGUCUCCUGUGACCUGGGCAUAGCUGAGAGGAAUGUGUCCUGUGUCCAGUUUAUCCACGGCAGGGAGAGCGUGGUGUCGGAGGAUCGCUGCCGUGUGGUUGUCAAACCAGCCACCGCCGUACCCUGCCUGGUGAAAGUCUGCACCUACAGGUGGGAGGUGAAGCCGUGGAGCCAGUGUUCAGUACCCUGUGGAUAUGGUAUCCAGUCAAGAACCGUCUCCUGCAUGGGCCCCUCCAAGCCAGAGCCCCUCAGCCCCCUGUUUUGUAUACACAUGCCUAAACCAAUCACCAUUCAGGGCUGCUACAGAGACAGCUGCAGAGAUGUGACCACUGACAGCACCGCUGCAAAAACAAACCUCACAGAGACCCCGCUCCCACCUCCAACUCUGGGCCAUAAAGAUGCACCACAUACGGGCGGCACUCUUCCAAGCCCAACAGUGGUCGUAGCCACUCAAACGAGCACCGCUCCUACCCCGACCCCUAAACCCAGUGUUUGCGGACAGCUCCUUCUGGAAGAAUCAGGCACCGUAGAUUUGAAAGACGUAAAGAGCCGAUGCACCAUAUCCAUUGGUCGACCGCUCGAUGAGGUCAUCCACAUUAAAGUCCUAUCCAGCUCCUUGAGCUGCAGAAAAAAGGAGUAUGUGGCGUUCUUCGAUCGUCUUGCUUUCCUGAGGAAAUGUGCACAGCUAUCGGGUAGCGAGCUCACCACCAGAACCAAUGUUGUGCUUGUGCGACAGAAUCUGUUCACUCCUGGGAGAGGGGUUGUGUUUACCUACAGUUCACAGAAGAACGUGAAGAGGAGCCACCAUCAGGAUUGCGACAUUCAGCUAUUUUCCCCCAGCGGCGUUUUUGAGAAUCCGUUAACAUCGAACGCUAACCACACCUGCCGAGUGCUCAUCACCGCCCCUCCCUCGGUGAAGAUCAGAAUCCAAGCUCUGCACAUAGGAUUAGUAUUCAACGCAACCAACUCACAGUCUACAUACAUCAUGAUUCAGGAUAUGGAUGUCUUAAAGACCACUGUGUUUAACGGCCAGCAGCUGUUCUUGUGGCACUCCUCUGGAAACAUGGCUGGGGUGGAAUUUCACGGCGACUACCUGCACACCAAAGGCACCUUCAGAGCUGAAUAUUCUUUUAUGCCUCUUUGAUUCUGCACAUAAACUAUGAGUCAGCUGUUUGUACCAGAGUGUAUUGUUUCUUUAAUUUUACAAUGCUUAAAAUGUACUUUUAUUAUAUUCUGUAAAAAAAAAAGAUAAUCUGUUCAAUAAUUUAAAACCCUACACCAUGGGUUUGAUGUUUUCUCCUGAAAUAAAUUACAUACAUAAACCAAGGCACUCAAAAUAUGUUUGUCAAGAAUAGGGUGCUUGAAAAACUGCUUAAAGUCACAGUUCUAAUCUUUUGAAAUGAGGUUCUGUGGAAAGGUUUGAACAAACAGUUUGAGUGACUUCCCUUUGGAGAAAUACAGUUUAAUUCUGGCCAGAAUUACAAGCUAAAGGCUAACCUGGGUGGGACCAAAACCAAAACAACUUCAGUUUCAAAGGUUUCUUUUAAGUGUGCCCUACUUCGUAAGCUUGUGUGUAAAUAUCAAUUUUGCUGACAUGGUUAUUUGAAAGCACAAACGGUGGUAGUAGCAGCUAGCUGUUGCAGUUCAAAUGUGACCUGAUGCAGCAGAAAUAAAUAUGUUUGAUGGAAUAUGCAUGUAAAGCAAAACUAAGUGAGGUGUAAAGGUUUUUAAAAUAGAAUUAUAUAAACCACUAUGAAUUGUCUGAAAUUGGAUUUGCAGACUUUACCAGCAGCAUUUUGGAUUUAGCCCUGCUCUAACUAGCCAGUCAGAUUUAAAGUGCCUGUGAUGUAAAAAUUUUCAUGAUUAAAAAAAUUGUGUUUUUGGAUAGAUAACAUUAACAACAUACAAAAAAAAAAACAUAAACUUACACUGCUGAGACAAACAGUUGUCGAGAUAUUAGCAUGUGCCGUAACAGGAAGUGAUGACAAAGGGGGAAGUCUGCAUGUAAGCAGAACAUUGCUUUCGUAGCUUACAACACAUAAUAAAGAAGAGCCAGAUGUUUUUUUAGAUUAGUUUAAGACACUCAAAGAGAACUGAUAAAAGGGACAGAAUUCAAACAUUGCCCCGAUAAAAACCAGUGAGUUCCGCUUUGACAUCACUUCCUGUUACACUUUAGCUGUACUAAGUUCAUCAAUAAAAUUGCCAUUUAAGUGAUAAACUGUGUAAAAUCAUUUUUCCACUUUUUGUAAUUGUACAAAAUGCAUGUCGUAAGCACUUUAAACUCAAGUUAAUCAUUGGUGAUAACCUUUCCACAGAAACCCACUUAAAAAUUUUGAACUUUUAUUUUACGUAUAUAUUUGAAAAAGCUAUUUGCACUUUUACAAUCAUUUUAAAUAUUCCAUUUUCAUCA